AUGAAGAGUUUUGUACCGAAUGAUCUGCAUGAUGUUGUCCGUUCAGCGAUAUAUAGUCCUCCGUUUUCGGUUGUAAAUAUGGAAGAAUUCGGAUUUGUUGAUAUCCAGGCAGCAGCUGACAGCCUUAACAUCAGCAAGGCAGUUCAUGUAAGAAUAGAUUCAAACAAACUUGGAAACGUGCUAACGAAAGAGACCUUUGGCGAUUUCGAGCAGUGGAAGGAGACCUGUAUUUUAAAAAAGGGUAAAAAGGCGUCAGAUUUGAAAAACACGGUAAUAAAGUUGCUGCCACCUGAAAAUAAAAUCACAGACAAUAAGAAAAAAUCCCUCACCUUAAUGAUAAACUUCCUAAAGAAGAAGGAGCAUCAAGACUUCUACAGGAAGAUUUUGAACAUUGAAUAA